AUGUUGCCACCAAGAAAUUCUAUCGGUCGAAUAGCGAGCCACGUUCGACUUGUACUUCCACGAACAAGUGGCCCCAAUGUUCACCUCCGGCCUUUCACACACCGAACACAACUGCUCUUCUCCCCACCACCGGGCCGGCCUCAACUACCAUUCCUAUCACCACUAGCGCCAUCUCGACCUCUCCCGCCACUAUCUAUUCACUUGCGCAAACAUUUCGGACGACUUAUAUCCACUGAAAGCCGCGAGGGAUACAAGCGUCGCUUUGGCCGCAGCCUAAAAGUCGGCAUUUCAUUCGGCGCCAUCCUGGUCCUCUUCUCCAUCAUCCAGCUCGGCGUCUACCAAGAAGAUAUCGAGCACCAAUGGCCCACCCCACCGGAAUGGUCCUGGAAAAGUCGCUGGUCGCUGCGCUCUGCACAGGCGCUCCAGCAUCCUGAUUACGUUGGGAAGCUAAUGACUAACUGGCCCAUGGUCGCCGGGUACAUGGCCGAGCUGCUGGAGCGGCUAGAGGAUGUUGAAGGUGAAGGUAAGGGGAUUGUCGAACAAUACGAUGGCGGUCUCCUUGUUGAGGGUGUUGGGCGCACGGGUCUUGAUAUCUCUGCCAAAAGUGAGCCGUGGCGACGGGGUUACUUCCAGGCCCUUAUGGGCGCCGCGAAGGCGGCCGAAAACCUGGAUGGCUGGGUGACUGAUCGCAGACAGAAGAUUUCUGCGCCUGCGGAAUAUGCUGUUGGGCCGUCCAAUCCCAGACCCAAGCCCAUGCCUGCCGGUCAGAGGAAGGUAAUCCAUGAGGAGGACUGUGAACGAGCGUCACCACCGCCCGAGACCUUCUACAUGAAAGUCCUUACAACGAACGGAUUCGACACAAGGCAGAAGCUCGAUGCUGCACUUGCGUAUGCCGAUUGGUUGGACUUUAAGGGUCUGCAUGAGACAGCUGGGGAUAUGUAUGUUUGGGCCAUGGAUAUUGCUGCGGGUGGAUUUGAAGGCGAUGCCAACAAGAUCGUGGAUCUCAGAACCGGCGUGCUGAGAAAUAAUGCUACCGAUUUGCCAUCCGAGAACAUUCUUCGUGUAUCGACUGCGCUCGCCGUUCAUAAUGCUCGCCAGCGCAACCUCCCCACCGCGCUCUCUAUUUUCACAUCCAUCCUCAAGGCGCGCCGGAACCUCCCCCUAGCAUCUGACUCCUCCCUGCAAUUUUCUCUCUCUGCACCGCCCACGAAAUUUUCCAACGAUCCCUUCUCCGCUCUCUACAAAUCCCUCAAAACGGUUCUUAUUCCUGUUGAAUACCCACCGCCCCUUCCCUCAGGCGAUGAGCCGCCUCAUCGAACCGCCAGCUCCCCUUGUGACGAAGCAGGCCUGAUGACCUACAUCGGAGAAAUCAUUUACGCCUCUUCGUCUCAUGACCAAGGCCUCGCUUGGACACGUGAUGCAGUCGAAAUUGCGGAGUCGACGAUGCUGAGUCUUGGCGCGGACGAAAAGACCGCACGCGCACAGUGCGCGCAAUGUCUGAAGGUCGGACUUGAGAACUGGAAGACUAUGGUCUCUGCACUUGUUGCGCGUGCUCAAAGGGAAGGAGUGGAAAGUGUUGCGCAGGCCAAGAAGGCCUGGUAUGGUGGUGAGCGUCAUGCUAAGAAAAAGGCCGAGAUAUCGAGAAGGUGGAAAGCCGAAGAGGCUAUUCUUGAGGAUCGAAUUCGGAACAUCUUCCCGCUACUUGUUGGGGAAUCCGAGUUGGAUUCCUUAUCACCAAAUAGUUCUCUAUUUUUGUAA